AUGGUGAUGGAACUUACCAGAAACCUUCACAUUGUGCUGUUGAUUGGAGUCGUGUGUGUCGUGCAGGCGAUUGCUGUCAUUUGCCCCUACAGCGACCUGAUAUGCUCGUGUGAUUCCGAGAUACUAUGCUACGGUCUGCAACAAAUCCCGCCGCUAAUUACCGGAGAUAAUGUGGGCAAGUUUACAUACCUGACAUUUCAGGUUGGAAACAUCACUAACAUACCCAGCAAUAGUCUACCUCCUGGCCUCACGCUGAUCGAGCUGUCCAGUCACCCGAUCUCGUCAAUUGCUGACGACGCCUUCGACUCAUCGGCGGAUACUCUAGAAACUUUCACAAUAAAAGAGUCGCAUCUCACCAGUUUACCAACAGCACUCAAGAAACUGUCCAAAUUAAUCAGAUUGUUUAUUGAUGAUACGCCAAUACAAGUUUGGGAUACUGCUACACUGAAGCAGAUUGCUCCUACAGUUGAGAAUCUAGCGCUCAGGAAUGUGAGUUUGUCAACAUGGCCAAGCUGGAUUUCUGACUUUAACUCGUUACUUACAUUAGACCUAAGCGGAAACCCUCUCAACGCUAUCCCCGACGACGCGUUUAACUCUUUGAAAGAAUCAGUAACCGUUCUUGAACUUAGAAAUACUGGCUUGACCCAUGUACCACAAGCUUUGUCCACACUCUCAAGUUUGAUCAGUCUCGAUUUGCGUAAUAACAAUUUUACAGAUGUGUCUGAAAUUGAACGGAUUGCUGGGUCGCCGUUUGCUAGGAAUCUGACUGACUUAUUUUUAGACUCAAGUGGGCUCACAGGAGCAGCAAAUUUGACAAAUUUGACAAGUCUAAAAGUUAUUGGCUUAUCUAAUAAUAGAAUAUCAGAUGUAGCUGCUGGCUCACUCCCCAGAUCUUUAAUAGCAUUGUACCUUUCAAACAACAGUUUGUCAUCCGUACCACAAGAUGUGGCUUUUUUGAAUAGUCUUACUGAUUUAUACUUGUCUAACAACCGAAUCAAAGAAAUUGAACCUACCUCGUUUCCCUCAAGUCUGGUAUAUCUUGAUCUACAUUUUAACAAUUUAACAGUGAUUACAAACACAACUUUCACACAUCUCAGUCUACUGGAACAUCUUCUCCUGAAUUUUAAUCCUAUCUCAACGAUCGAACCUGCGGCAUUCUCAGAUCUGGUAUCGUUGCAACAACUUUCAUUGAUAGAAACCCACCUGACAGAAAUCCCUCUAGCUUUUUCCCUGUUAAGCCCACAGACAGACCUCUCAAUCACUACGACACAGCCAUUCUCCUGCCCUUGUCCAGCUCCUCGGGAACUAGUUGAAUGGUAUUCUUCCCGGGCAUUAUUUUCAACCAUCCAUUUAUACUGCAGUAGCGGACAACUUAUUGACUCUUAUCUGAGUGGCCAGUGUAGGUAA